GGUCACAUCCAAACUACCCUUGAUGAUGGUCAGCCAUUCUCCCGCCGCUGAAACACGGGGGAGGGGUAUACACGGGGGAGGGGAAUACGUCCAGUCCCUCACCUCUGACAGAUAGCGACGGUGAAAUCGUGCAGGCCUUGCCACGUCAGCAAUCACGCGCCAGGCCCUUGCCACGUUAUCAAUCACGCGCCAGGCCCGUGCCACGUCAUCAAUCACGCCGCUGGUCGCGUUGCAGCACUCACAGUUGUUGUCUGGUAAAGUCUGUUUCCUGAUCUUGAACGAGGGGUCUCCAAGGUCGGUGGUGUGUGGGUAACUAUGGCAGGCGGUAUGGAGUACGCUAAGAACAAGUUCAUCGAGGAUUGGGGUGCAGCAAGGGAGAACAUGGAGAAGACCUUCAGGUUCAACCGGCGGUCAUUGGGGUUGUUCCUCUUGUGGGGCAUUGCAGUUCCUACCCUGGUUUACAAAAGCGUCACCAAUGACAUGAGCAAGAUGGCAGAGGCGCAGGGGAAGCCCCCCAGGAAGUUUCUUUGAAGUGACCAUGAGUAAAUCAUACGUUUCUGAAUUUGGUGGACCUCGUGCACAGUGUGCGUGCGUGAGAGAAGUGAAUGGAAUCGUCUGAAAAGAUGGACGCAUAUUUAGGGCAGAGGGAAGUCCGUUCCUACCUGUGUAAAGCACCCCCCUUUGGUUAAUUGCUGGAGAAGCGAAGGACAGAAACCUGGCAUUAGGCAGGAGGAGGGGGAGAUGGGGGGCCCUUCGUGCGUGCGCUUAGCAGGGCCGAUUCAAUUUGGCAGGCGUCAUAUCUGGGCUUUGGAUUCAGCUAUACCAUAGUUGAAAGUGAUGAGGUACAUGCCUACUUCAAGUUGGUUGUAUGAAAUUUUAGCAGAAAGAACUGUAGAAGGCAUAAUUGAGAAACCCCUCAGGUGAUUAUUUGUUUUUGAAUUGUCGUCUACUCCAGUUUCAUUGAUGGUUUCCUUAUACGUUCCUUUAUUAUGUGCUACUGUUUGUACUAAGAAAGAGUCAGAGAAAAGCUUUUGCAUGCAGAAAAAAGUGGCGUUAAUGAAAUGACAUAUUUCAA